AUAACUAUGUAAAUGAAAGUUCUUUUUUGAAAGCAGUGAAGUCAAAGCGUGAUAUUGGUCUAUACAAGAAGUAUCAUCGGGAAAGAAUCCGUUGUCUCAAGAUCAUGGAUUCAUUAGUUGAGAAUGUGUCAAGAUCAGAAGGUGUUAUCACCAAUUUUUCGUACACACCAAACUUAACAUUCGAAGACACAACCAUAUUUUCGAAUAUCUCAACAACAUCCAACAGCAUUCUUGACUACGUUAAUAUGGUUUCCAUACCGAUAUGCUUGAUAACUGGUGUUCUUGGCAAUACAAUAACAAUUAUUUUGAUGAACACGAAGACCUUUUCCCAUUUUGCUUCGAAAUACUUCUUAAUUGGAUUGGCUAUUGCAGACACGAGUGUGCUCUUGACUCAGCCGUUCAAAAAUAUGUUCGUAAUUAGAUAUUUUGGCGUUGACCUGCGUGCGCUUUCGACCAUUGGCUGCAAAUUUUAUUUUUGUGUUCAUAGAGCUGGAAAGAUGAUGUCAUCGUGGUUUGUAGUUUAUAUGGCACUAGAGCGAUUAGCAGCUGUUAGAUUUCCCCUCAAGGUGAAGAUCUGGUUUUCAAAACGAAAUACAUUAAUCGGAGUCGGACUGAUGAUGCUUCUAAUCAUUGGAUUCACAGCUGGUUACUCGUAUUGUACUAAAAUAGACCAAAAUAAUAUCUGUAACCCGGAUGUAUAUGACAGGAACGAUUCUAGCGCUGUCAUGUUGUAUAGACAAAUGCUCAACACUGGUGUCACGCUUUAUUUCAUUGGACCCUUAGUGAUUCUUCUUAUCGCCACACCAACCAUUAUAAUUAGUCUGAUCAAGCAUGAACACGACAAAGCAAAGCUGUCACAGUUUAAUGCGAAGAACGCAUUAGCCAGACCAACAGCCAUGUUAUUAUCUGUAAUGUUUGCGUACAUAAUUUUCGUCACACCAAUAGGUGUCGUGCGCAUUAUUGUCAAUUACCAUGGAGUCAACCUGUUUGCGGUUAAAAUGACUUGGUUUUCAACUUUCAGGGAUAUAAGCCAUUUUCUUGAAUUGAUCAACUAUUCCAUUAACUUUUUUCUUUACGCUUGUACAUCAAGGCAAUUCCGUCGGUGUUUAACUUUACUUCUAUGCACAAAAAAAAUCACCAAUCGUCAACCAGACGGCAGUUCUACUGGUUCUAAAUCUAGAUCUAAAACUGGGGCCUGGUUUUCGAAAAUAUCUUCUGACUAAGACAUGACUAAAAUGAUUAUAUGACAUAUUAUGGUCGUAAGAUAUAUUUUUGAAAGUGUCACACAAGUUACAAUAUUUAAUAACUUUGUUGUAAACUUAAGACCACUGGCGACAUGUUUUAUGAUAAUCUUAUGAUUGCCAUAAAAGAAACACAUUUUUUUUUGUAUUGCCUAGGCUGCCCAUCUUCGCUAAGCAAGGGUUAAGAUCCACGAUCGCAACCCUUGGCUAGCGAAGAUGAGGCUGCCAAAUAGGCAUUAGUUAUUCCUCACCACUUCGUCAAUUGAAAUCUGAAUGGCAUUCGACGUAAAAGUCGGACUCCUUUUCUUCUCUUGAUUGUGCAUGAUAAAUAUAUCUUAUUUUAUCCUUUUAUAUAUAUAUAUGUUCCAGACCGUAUGAGUAUUUGGACC